GAGUGCGAGCGGUUGUGCUCCGCGGCCUCUCAGGAACGCCUUGACUGAGCGACACCUUCGACUUGAUUAAUCCCACCUGAACGAUGUCCCCAUGAGACUCCCACUCCGAUCGCGGCUUCUUUCAGUGGAGUAGAUUCGUUUAGCCAACUCUUCAGUAUGAUGAGAGCAAAUUUGAUAUUGGUGUCAUUGUUGACGUCACCUGACACUAUGCAAAGCCCUGUAUCCAUCUUACGCCGACACAAAAGGCCCCACCAACAACAAUCAAGAGCCGAUAGAGGAACUGGAUCUCCUUCAGGCUAUAGCGGUGCCGUUCGCUGAUCCGUCGACGCAGUACUUCGUAACCGGUUUCGACGGCUUCCCGGCUUUCGGCUUCAAGGCUGGUGCCAGCAUCAAGCAUCCCUAUAGACUCUUCCUGCCCGAGAGGCUUUAUCGCACCUUCUCGAUCCUAGUGGCGGUGAAGCCAGAUUCCUCCGCUCCGAUGUUCCUGUUCGCCGUCACGAACCCUCUGGAGAACCUCAUUCAGCUGGGCAUCUCCCUCUCGCCCGGGGGGCCCAGCUCGUCCAACAUCUCCUUGUUCUACACCGACGAGGAGAGACACAUGACGUCGCAAACCAUCGCUUCCUUCUUGGUCCCCCAGUUCACGGGGUCGUGGACCAGGUUCGCCUUGAAAGUGACAGAGGACGAGAUCCAUCUGUGGUUCAACUGCCAGCUCUAUAACGGGCUGAUGGUCAAACGAAUGCCACAGCAGCUCGUGUUCGAUUCUGCUUCCACGCUCUAUAUAGGGCAGGCAGGAGGCAUAUUCAAGGGAGAAUUCGAAGGCGCCCUCCAAGAGCUCAAGAUAUACAACACCCCCGACCUGGCCAAGGUGCAGUGCGACAAUAACUUUGCGUAUUUUGGAUCCGGUUCUGGCGAUGGCAGAAGUGACAUCGACAUAGUUGAGGAUUACUACACGCACGAUAUGGACGACGAAAUCGACAUACCGUCGCCACGCUUCGAGGGUUCCGGGAUAGAUUUGGAAGGGGCGCCGCCCCCUCUGCCGCCGCCACCCCCCAUACACGGUUGCAGCACGGAACAGUGCCAGGACGUAAAUGUGAGGCAGUGCAGUAGCGUCGAGUGGAAGCAAGCCAUCUUCCCAAACCUUUUAGGCCAAGGGCCAAGGGAGGCUGAACAGACUGCAUCCCUGUUCUGGCACCAGCUCAACACCAUCGGAUGCAGUGCAGAGUUCCGAUUCAUUGUGUGUGGGCUGUUGGCUCCUCCCUGUGCCCCUGGUAUGACCAAGCCACUUCCUCCAUGCAGGGAAGUCUGCGACGCUGCUCUCAACCAGUGUUUACCCAUAAUGAAGCGCUAUUACCUCGCCUGGCCGGAGGAUACCUUCACGUGCCAGACAUUCCCUUACAGUCACCAAGAACCUUGCCUCCGUUACCACCAGGGUGAAGUUGUGUUCCCCCCUGGUGUUAACACUGACUGCUCAAGGGACGACUAUGACUAUGAUUCACUGAAUCACUUGCCAGCCCUCCCUAUUGAACCGGAAGAUGCUCAUUCCAGAUCUGGCUCAACAGACUUGGAAGAAGAAGAAGAAGACAUGUUCAUCGCUUCAGGUGAAAGAGAAAACAGUGAUCUAUAUUAUGAGGCCUAUGAAGCUUUCACCCCAAGUGCUUCCUCCCACACCUCCCCCCGCUCCCCUUCCUCCUCCUCCUCCUCCUCCUCUUCCACCUCCACCACUGUAUCUCCUCUCACAGUUUCACCAGAGCAUUCUUUACGAAGCAACACCCAUGCUCUCAGGUAUGAACCCUCCCCGACCCCUUCAGUAGGGACUCCCGGGAGGUCGCCUGGAGGGUCUAGUAGUCUUGGCACCAGUUACUUCCACAGGAAUGAAAUUAUAGAUGAUGGCAUUACUUUUCAAGGAACCAAAGGGGAGAAAGGAAGCAAAGGAGAGAGGGGUCCACCUGGAGAAUCAGUGGCAGGACCUCCUGGCCCCCGAGGUCCUCCCGGUCCUCCUGGUAUACCAGGAAAGGUCGCCGGCUACAACUUCCCCGACUUCGGCUCUGGUGCUGGAGAAGAUUAUCCCGAUUCAGAAUUUUUUGGACGUCGACGAGAAUAUUAUGGACAUCCUGGUGAAUGUGCAUGCAACGAAACCGCACUGAUAGCAUCUGUCCUAGCUCAGAUUCCCCGUGGUCAUCCUGGCUUAGAAGGUAAAGCGGGACGUGAUGGUGCACCAGGAUCACCAGGCACCCCUGGCAGUCCAGGACCACGAGGGGAACGCGGAGAAACAGGAGAUCAAGGAGAAAAAGGAGAAGUGGGUCCUAUAGGUCCUCAGGGUCCCAAAGGAGAACCAGGACAAGAUGGGUCUCCUGGUCUGCCAGGUGAAAGGGGUCCUAUAGGUCCCUCAGGAGAGCCUGGUUGGGGUGGUAACAGACUAGAUCCUUCGUGGGAUGCACGCUCCAUGCUUGAGGGUAACAGAGGGCCACCAACUAGUGGGGCCCGGCCUGGCAACCCAGGACCACCAGGGCAGAAGGGCGAACCAGGUCGUCCAGGACCUAGAGGCAGUAGAGGACAUAUGGGGGCUCCAGGGGAGCGAGGACCAACUGGUAAAAUUGGUCCUAAGGGUGAUCGGGGGCAUCCUGGUAAGGUUGGCAACUCAGGUCCAAAAGGAGAGCCUGGAUUACCUGGAAUGAAUGGAUCACCAGGACCUACAGGUUUUAUAGGUGUUCCAGGUGAUAAAGGAGAUAAAGGAGAGAGAGGUGAACCAGGUGAAGGAAGGCCUGGUCCACCUGGACAGCCUGGUGGAAUGACCUCAGAUGACAGAAGAUUGAUAAUUGAACAGGUUAUUGACACCCUGGAAGGUAAGAAUGCAGGUUUUGGCCUUAACUUGAAUCCAACUUUGAAUGUAUGGGAAAACUCAGGAGGCUCUUCAUGGAGUGCAGUAAGUGAUGAUGAAGAUUUCCGGCUGGAAGGCUCAGGUGGCCUGGAAUACAACCCUUUCUACCCCAAUCAAAUCAAAGGACUCCAAGGGCCCCCAGGCCCUCAAGGUCCUCCAGGUCCUGCAGGCUUACCUGGCCCAAAAGGCAUAGAAGGACCAAGGGGUGUCAUGGGUCCUCCUGGGGAUAUUGGACCCCCUGGACAGCCAGGACUGGAAGGUUUACCUGGUCAGAAGGGUUCCCCAGGUGAACCAGGUAAGCUUGGCAGCAAAGGUCUUCCUGGGCCCAAGGGUUCUGAUGGAGAGAAAGGAGAUAGAGGUGAUGCAGGUCCUCCUGGCCCCAUAAGCACAUUGAUGACACCAGAUGGUAUGAAUGUUACAGUAAUAAAGGGAGAAAAGGGUGAUCGAGGGAGAAGGGGCAGAAGGGGUCGUAUUGGUCCCCCAGGCCCUCCAGGGUCCCAAGGGGAACUUGGCCUCCCAGGCUGGCCGAACAUCACGGAAAGUGGAACUGUUGGUCGAUCUGGGCCACCAGGACCACGAGGACCCCCUGGAUUUGGUGAAAAAGGUGAAAAAGGUGCACCUGGCCCUCCAGGUCUUCCUGGGAUUGGAUUAUUGGGAACGAGUACUCGGACCCCAGUACCAGUAGGGGAACCUGGAUUGCCAGGCUCACCUGGUUUACCAGGACCACCCGGACCACCUGGUCAGCCAGGACCGCCAGGAGCUCCAGGCACUCCUGGCGUCGCAGGGGUAGGAGAACCAGGACCUCCUGGCCCACCAGGACCUAGGGGUCCUUCUGGUGUUCCAGGUCAUGGCCUUCCAGGUAGUCAAGGGCUAACAGGAUCCAAAGGAGAGCCAGUUACAGAGGGAUCCCUUGGAGCCUUUGAAGAACUACGCCGAAUAACUGGAUUCCAAAGAAACAGAGGUGCACCUGGACCUCGUGGUUUUCCUGGGAAACCUGGAGAGAGAGAUGAAACAGUGGGACAACAGACAAUUGUACCUGGAGCUGUCACCUUCCCUGAUAAGGCUUCUAUGAUCAAGAUGACUGAAAUGUCACCAGUUGGCACUUUAGCUUUCAUUUUGAAUGAAGAAACCCUCCUUGUUCGUGUAUCUGCUGGAUGGCAGUAUGUCAGCAUGGGAAAUGUCAUCACUGUCUCCAAAAGUAGCAGCAGCACAUCAUCCCCAGCAACCAGUCCUCUGCCUGCCCCAACAGGAGGCCCACCCCCUCUGCAGGUGGACUCACUCGUCAACGCUGUCGACGGACCUAGGCCUGGUGGAAAACUAAAGAAGUUACGAUUAGCAGCACUGAAUAAACCAACGACUGGUGAUAUGAUGGGAAUUAGAGGUGCAGACCUGAACUGUUACAGACAAGCUCGUUCGUCAGGAUUAGGAGGGACCUUCAGAGCAUUCCUCACAUCUAGAGUUCAGAACCUAGACUCCAUUGUAAAACAAGCUGAUAGCCACCUUCCAGUUGUUAACAUUCAUGGAGAUAUACUUUUCCAUUCUUGGAGAGAGAUUUUCUCAGGGUCUGGUGCCAUCUUCUCACAUAAACCACGAAUCUACAGCUUUGAUGGGAAAGAUGUCCUCAAUGACUCCACCUGGCCUCAAAAAUAUGUUUGGCACGGAUCUGAUCUCCGAGGUGAACGGAUACUCUCAGCUUAUUGUAAUGGGUGGAGCACAGGCACAGAUUCUGUUGGCCUUGCUUCUAAUCUACGAAAAAGUCGUCUUUUAUCCCAGGAAAGAUUUGGCUGUCACAACUCAUUUGUUGUUUUGUGCAUUGAAGCAACAAGUCAAACUCCUUUUCGUCGAAGAAGGCAUACAGGUAAUCGAGAAGGCGAUAUAACAGAGGAGGAAUAUUAUGAGAUGCUAAAUUCUAUGGACUCGAGUGAAAAUGACUAAAGUCCUUCCAAACAGAAAAUCUGAGAUUCUUCUAAUAAUUGUUCCAUGUAAACCUGUGGCAGUCAGUUGAAAGCAGUACUGUUGUAGAAUAUUUGUCCACACUGUACUAAAGUCACAGACAAAAAAUUAUGACAUACAGACUCAUCAACAAAAGUACCCAGGUUUAUUUCAUAAGGUUUACACCUAUUGUUUUGGCAAGUGUUUGUAAAUCUUUACAGGAAAUGAAAUAUGUUUGUCUGGAAAACUUCAUCCUGAACUUUUAUGUUUUUAUUUAUCAAAAUGAACUAAUCAGCUUUUAUAAAGAUUUCAUUCUGAAUACAUGUGGAUGGUUAACUGUAUACAGUACAAGUGCCAAACAAUUGAAAAAUAAUCCUGAAAAGGCACUUCGUUACAAUAAUGAAUGGAGCAAAGAUUUGAGUAAUACCAAAAAGUAACCUACAUUUCAUCGGAUGAUUAUUGCACAUUUUGUAUUUUACCGCAACACAGAAGUGAUUCUACACGUAAACUUUGUAAAUAAUGAUUUAGUGUCUGAAAUUAUAAUACUAUUUGCAUUACAUACCAACCAAGGUGUAAUGAGUGUGAACAACUCUGUUAAAUCCAACCAGGCACUGUCAUCAAAGUGAAACUGUUCAUUACCAAUGAUUGUUUCACAUCUACUGAAGGGAUGUUCAAUUACACAUUUUUUAUGAAAAAAUGUUGAGUCAACAAAUUUCAAGGAAUGUGUUAAAUGAUGAUGUAUUCAGGAAUACUGCAGCAUUCAGUUAGACCAACAUAAUGGUUUAAAAGCUUUGCCUGCAUCCUGAGUGACCAUGGUUUCACCCCUACCUCACUCUCCUAGGAAAGCUGGAGUGCCAAUUAUUUAGUUUUUGGGACCAUUCUCCAGGAUACUCUGUUUCCUCAUCACAAUCAUUCCAAGAAGGCCCAUUGCCCAGUUUCCUAAAUCAACAUACUAUUAUACUCCAAAUACUUUCAGUAUGACCUCAUAGUUUUCAUGUCCUCAGUAAAACUUACAUUUCACUGUAUGCUUAUUUAUUACAACUUAGGUUGUAUGAUACUUAAUCUCAGUGAUAAUACUUAAGGCAUUUACAUAGAAUGUCACAAAUAAUGUUAGUACACAACAUAGAAUGUCACAAAUAAUGUUAGUACACAACAUUGCUAUAAACUUUUCAUGUCCUGUUAGGGGCAAACAUAGCAUAUGGUCAGUGACCAAGUUAUAAUUAGAAUGUAAACUUAGAAUGAGUAGGACCUCUGUAAAAGUGUGCCCAUUGCUUUUUGUACUUCUUGUCAUUUAUAUUGGGUAAUGGACUCUGGGCUUGGAAUGGUAAGGUUGGCAGAGUUUAUGAGUGCUUACCUGAUGAAUAAAAUGACCAGAGGUCUGUUUUGCUAAACAAAUAAUGAACAGGAUUGCCAACAGAAACUACCAUUCAUAAUUAAAUCCUCUAUUUUUACAACUUAAGCACACUUCUUUGACAUUCACACUUUUAUUGUAACUGAUGUAACGUUCGUUGGAAUUUUAUUUGAUAUAAUACAAGUUAUACCUUAUUUAUUUAUCAUGCAAUUCCUGUACACUGCUGGAAUACUCAAUCCAGAAUAAAAGUAAAUGACUGGCCUUAUAUUCUUGUAUUUGAAGUUUGUAGAACCGAGCUCUAGUAUCACCGAGAGCAACUGAACCAAUGCAUCACUAAUUGUAUCCAUGUUUCCUUGUAUUGAUAGCUCCCCCCUAUAUGAGUGUGUCUUGAAAUAAUCCCCUUGAGUUUUUUCAUUAUUUAAACUGCUGUUAACUGUAGUUAACAUUUUACAUAAAUUGAACUAUGAAAAAAUUGUAUGCAUAAUUUAUUUCCCAAUACAGUUUAUUUUGAGAUCUGUGAUUCAUAGGAUAUAUAUACUAUGUAAUAUAUAUUUAUAGGAUUAAGAAGUGUUUCAGUUAAAAUAAAUUCAUGUCUUGUAAAAAAAAUGGAAUGCAACCUGGCUGAAGUGCAUAAACAUAAGAGUCAGUACCUAAUGUAAUAAUUGAUUUUACAGAAAAAUAUAAUUUGCAUAAACAUAUAAACACUGUCGUAGAGACAGCCAAUGAAUACAUUAUAAAAACAGGUAACUUUGCAAAAUAACUAUUACCAACUUUUAGAUUGGCCAAUAUUUGGAAUAAUUUUAGUCUUAUUGAAUAACAUUUAAAUAUCUAGCACUCCAUAACUUGGAAAGAUGUAAUAGAAUCAAUUUCAGUUGUACAUAAUACAAAUAAUUAGAUAAUGAUGAUGCAAAUGUAUAAAAUAUGUGGCAUACUCCUUUUGUUGGUAAAAUCUUUUAGGCAAUAAUAAUGUUUGUCUUUUGAUUCAUAUCAACUCCUGUUUCUGCAAAGUAUAUCAUAUACAGUAUAUAUACAUAUAUUUUUUGUUUCAAAUUGGGUAAUCUAGUGUAUGUCUAGUUAGAAUACAUUUUAGACAGUGACUGUGGUAGCAUAUGCUUCAGCUAAGUGGUGUACCCAUGUGUCCUGCUAUUUUGUGUGUUGUAAGGGUUUGUAAUAAAACCUCGAUAUCCCUGACUGCAUAAUGUAAAAAUACAAUAAUGCGAGUGAAAACCCUACUGCCAAACAGUUCCGUGGCACACCACUCUGUUUCCAAUGUCAUUAGGUUAGUGAAGCAAAAACUUUCAAUCUUUGGGAUUCAGAGUGGUAGAGUCAUGUUUAUGUUAAGAAAUGACUGGUUAGGCUAAGAGAUAUCUGAAUGAAAUCCAACUGUCCUGAGAUAUCUUCUUUUAUGAUAAUACAUAUCAUAAACUCCUUUUGUAACUUCAGAUGCUCAUUUCGUGUGCUUAGUGACUGUGCGAUGUGUUAAGGUGCUAUUAAACAAUAUGGUUUUGAACUGUGGCACGGCAGGACUGAAAAUACUUUUCACAGAAAAAAAUCAGAAAAUCUAUUGGAUGAAGUCAGCACAUUGGCACCAAAUUCAAGAAUUUCACAUGAUUCUGCAGUAUAAAAUUGGUGUGCAUUACAACACUGUUCAAUUGACUUUUGAAAAUGCUUUGUAUAGUGUUAAAUCUCGUGACAUCCCUGUAAUUAUGCACAGAAAAUGCUAUACUACUCUGACAAUGUAAAGUUCCUGACAUCACACAAUGAUCCUGAACAUUACAAAUCUCUGACAAAAGUUCUGGCUACAUAAGUUGAGCAUAUUCCUGUAGCAGAAGUCUUAAGGAGUAGGACCUAGGUGGGUCAGAGAUUGUUUAAAUAGUUUUAAUUAUAAGUGAUAUGAAAUGAUGCAAGAAACCAUUACUGCUCUUCCAGCUAUUUUAACUAGCUUAAUGGAGUUUUAUUUUUGCAGCUUUAUUAGGCUUUAUUUGCAAUUUAUUGCCAUGUGAAUAUUUUCUCAGUUUUUGUGGUACUAUACAUGUAAUAUUUAAAUUAUUUUGCAGUCCAUUAUUUUGAUAACUAUAGAGAGAAAUUAAAUAAUAAAUGUAGAAUAUGUGUAUUGAAAAGGCACUCCUGUAACUCCCAGGUCAUUCAACUUCUUAUAUAAAAAGUAGUUCAUUUAGACUUCUUUAGUUUACUUCAGCUUUUUAUCCAGGACAAGUAAACCAAAGAAAAUGACCACAUUAAUAUGUUUGAUCUAUUAAUUAUUAAUUUGAGAUAAAUGAAUUCAACAAUUUUGAAACAAUAGAUACUGCAAUAUACAAUAUGAAAAGGGGUGACAAACAACUAACCAAUAGUAUUAGGAUCUGCUUGUUUCUUCAAGAACACAAAAAAAUUAAAAUGUCUGCUUCGCAUGCUAAAAAAUUUAUAAACUUGAGUUAUAAAAAGCCUUUGAAAAUUAAGAAAUAAAUACUUACUGUACUUAACUAUAUACAUUACAUGAUAACAAUCAGGUGGUAAAACUUGCUAAAUUGUAAUUCAGUUAGCCAUAGCAAUAUUAAAUAUACCACAUGAUUAAAUAGUAAAGGAGAAUGAAAAUCCUCAAUACUUUUUUAAAUCCUCAUUACUUUUUAUAGCUUUUACAAGGUGCUGACAGGAAACUGGUCAAUGGUGGGAAUUUAAACAAACAAAAUAAAUCUAAAGAAACAAGUAAAGGAUCUACGAAUACUGCUUUGUCUAAAUCAUCUUUCUAGUUUAAUAAAAUUCUGUGAAUGAUGACUACUAGAACUGUAUCCAUAAUCUAUGCAGAGAUAAUGUGGGUAUUAUAUUAUACUCACAUUUUUAUAUGAUAGGUCUGUAUUCUAGUCAUUGAUAAUACUGUAAUAUUAAGUUUAAAUAAUUUUGAAAAGCACAUGACACAUAGUACCAUUUACUGUAUACAUUAUUGCAUUCAAGGUCUGUAUAAUUAGUCAUUUGAUUAUGUGAAUUUAAUUUAGUGCAGAUAUCAUACAACAAAUAUAUGUGCAAAUUUGCCCUAUUCAAUACCUGUUUUCUCUUGGAAAUCAUUGUCAAGUUUAAAAUAAACAUCAAUUUUCAAUGUUGAUAGAGACCACAUCUCUUAAGCAAGUUGCAAACUCACAAAUAGACAAUGAGCAAAAGGAAAAUAUUCAUGUAAUAUGACAAGUUUAGUAUUUUUAAAAAUUAAUGUUUCUGUUUGUAUUAACAUAAGAUUUCUGCUGUACAGUGCUUUACAUUGAAAAUUCAUAGUGGUGACGCCUUUCCGAAGCUGAUCUACGAGUGUAUUUUAGUACUGCGGUAACUAGCUUUAUAUUAGUAACUUUACUUGUUUAAAUUUUUUAAAAGGCAGUCAGGUAUCAUGGUUUCUCACAGUCAAGUACAGCAGAAAUAACAUAACUCAUCUGCAGGUCACAUAAAAGUCAAAAGUGGACCCCCUUUGCUAAAAAUGUAAACCUAUCACUAAUUAGUUUGUUAACAUGUUGCCACUGCCAAGAGAGAUUUUGAUCAAUUUGUUGUCAUCAAAGAAACCAACUAGUACUGUAAUGUACGUAUAAUGUUUACUAAAUAAAACACACCCUACAUAAACUUUGUAACUUGUCAAAAGCAACUUGAAAUUAUUGAUUCCUUAACCCUUUAUUUAUUUUCAAAUACAGUAGUUGUGAAUUAUCUUCAUACGAGAAAAUGAACUUUUGCAUAAUUCUAGUUAAUAAAUCCCUACUUUUGUCAGUAUUUUCUAAUAUAGUAAUACUGAACUUCAUAUGCAACUGCUAACUUUGAAAUCCUAGUAAGCAUGUGCUAUCCUCUUUUUUUAUAUUUAUAAUGAAAUAUAAUUUAUCUCUGGUACAUCUUUAUGUUCCUGAUAUAAAUUUGAUGCUUUAGGUGAAUUUAUUUGUUAGUUAAAGCUUAAUUUAUUUCAUACAGUAAGAUUUCUUGACUUUUUCACUGACAUAUUUGUAGAUAAGCUUUGCAAAUUCUUUACUUUGGUUAUUUAAUUUUUCAUCCAUUAAUAUAGUACUGUAUUUAAGGUAGUUGAAAGAAUGUAACUUGUGAAUGCUGUUGAGACAAUGUAUCUUUAUUCCUUUUUCAUAACAACUGUUCCUCUCUGUUUUCAAUAAAAUAAU